AGUCUACCAGUGAGCCUGUCUGCCUCGCUUGUGUUCAGUCCUUCCCAUUCCUCUGCAAGUCGCAACUCGCAACGCAAAGCGCAAGGAGCAUUUCAAAAACCCUACCUCCCUACCCCACUUCGCAGUCCGCACCGCACCCACCCCGAUCUCCUUCUCCCACCCAGAUCGCCGGCCCGUGGCGGCACGAAAUGGAGGUGCCGCCGGAGAUGCUCGACGCCCUCGCAGGCUGGUUCGCGCAGUCGCUCUCUCCCGACACCGCCGCGCGCCGCGGCGCCGAGCAGAGCAUCGCCUCCGCCGCCUCCUCCCCGGGCUUCGCGCUGGCGCUCCUCGGCCUCGCGGCCUCCCCGCGCCACGACCUCCAGGCCCGCCUCGCCGCCUCCGUCCACUUCAAGAAUCUUCUCCGCCGCCGGUGGCCCAAGCCCGACGCCGAUGCCGACGCCGACGUCGACCACCUUCCCGCCUCCGACUGCGCCAUCAUCAAGGCGCACCUUCUCCAGCUCCUCCUCACCACCCCGCCCCUCAUCCAGGCGCAGCUCUCCGAGGCCCUCGCCGCCGCCGCGGCCUCCGAUUUCCCCGCCAGGUGGGAGUCCCUUCUCCCGUCCAUCGUGUCCUCCCUAGGCACUGCCGUCAACGCGGGGGACAUCACCGCCACCAACUCUCUUCUCGCUGCCGUGGUGUCGCUCUUCUCUCGCUUCCGCAACGCAUUCGACAAUAAUGCCCUCCGCCUCGACCUCAAGUACUGCCUUGACAUCUUCGCCGCCCCACUCCUUGAGGUUUUUCUCUUUGCCUCCCGCCGCCUUCAAGCCGCUGCCACCACGGCCAACCCGCUCGAGCUCCGUCCCGUGUUUGAGUGCCUUCGCCUCUGUUGCGAGAUCUUCUACUCGCUUAACUCCAUUGACCUUCCUGAGUUCUUCGAGGAUAACAUGCGCCAGUGGAUGACAGAGUUCCAAGCCUUCCUCACCACAUCCUACCCACCGCCUGUUGAGGCAGAUGGUGCCCCGGAUGCGCUCCGUGCUGCUGUCUGUGAUAACCUGCAGCUUUAUAUGGAGAAGUACGAGGAGGAGUUUAGGGGAUACCUGAAGGAGUUUGUUGAGGCUGUGUGGGGGCUCCUCAUGGCGCAGACCGCUUCGCCUUCCCGUGUGCAGCUUGCCGUUACUGCGAUAAGGUUCUUGACUACAGUUGCUGAGAGUGUGCACCAUGCUUUAUUUGGGAGUCCUGAGGCGAUGAAGCAGAUAUGUGAUAGUGUCGUUGUGCCUAACUUGCGCCUGCGGGAUGAGGAUGAGGAGUUGUUUGAGGGCAAUUGGGUGGAAUAUGUCAGGCGCGACUCUGAGGGUAGCGAUGCAGAUACACUCAGACGGGCAGCGUGCCGGUUGCUGCGGGGCCUUGCAGCGAACUACCAAGAGCAGGUGGCUGCACUCGUCUCAGCACAGGUCCAGCAGAUGUUGGUUGCAUAUGCUGCUAAUCGGUCAAACAACUGGAAGGAGAAGGAUGCUGCAAUAUACCUUGUUAUUGCUCUUAUGCAGAAGCCUGGUGCCACAGGUGGUGGCACACCUGUGGUUGACAUGGAGAGCUUCUUUACAUCUGUGAUUGUGCCUGAGCUCCAAGCCCCUGAUUGGCAGUCUGAGCCAAUGUUGAAGGCAACUGUGCUCAGGUUCUUGAAGGAGUUCAAGGAUCAGAUCCCCAAAGCUACUGCACUGGCACUCCUACAAAGUGUGAUGCGGUUUUUGAUGCAUGAGUCCAAUGUUGUUCAUUCAUAUGCUGCAACUUUUAUCGAGAACCUGUUGAUAAUCAAGGAUGCUGUACCGGUACCAGGGGUGACCACAGUGAUCAGGUCUCCACGUUAUGUUGCUGCUGAUAUCAAUCCAUUUGCCCCACAGAUCAUUCAGAACCUGUCCACAGCACUAGGUUUCCCUGAUUCACAAGAGAACCCCUACCUGAUGAAGUGCCUGAUGCGGGUGCUUGGGAUUGCUAAUAUUGCUGGUCAAAUUGUUCAUGAGAUCACAGCUCAACUUGUGGGUAUUCUCAUGGAAGUGUGUAAUAAUCCCAAGAACCCUGACUUCAACCAUUACUUGUUUGAGGCUCUGGCAGCAGUUAUUGGCCGGACUGGUGAGCAGGACCCAACACUACUCCCUGCUUUUGAGACCAGCCUCUUUCCAGUGCUCCAGAGGAUAUUGGUUGAGGACAUCUCAGAGUUCUGGCCAUAUGCUUUUCAGAUAUUUGCUCAACUUGUCAAUUUGAGCCGACCACCUCUCUCACAGAAUUACAUGCAGCUAUUUGGUGUCCUUCUCAGUAAUGCAACUUGGGACCGGCCACCAUGUGUUCCUGCCUUGGUUCGUUUGCUGCGAGCAUUCCUUAGGAAAAUUCUAAAUGAGCUAAACCAAGAGGGCAGGCUUCCAAAUAUAUUGGCAAUAUCCCGUAGCCUCCUCUCACGCAGCAGCACUGAAGAUUCUGCAUUCUACAUGCUGAACACACUAGUGGAAAACGUUGGUUUUGACAUUCUGAACCCAUAUAUAAGUGAGAUAUGGAGUGCUUUGUUUACUCGGCUACAGACUAGACAGACAGUGAAAUUUGUGAACUCUCUUGUGGUUUUCAUGUCGCUAGUGCUGGUCAAAUAUGGGUCAAGUGUUCUUGUCAAUUCCGUUGAUGCAAUUCAGCCAAAUCUUUUCACCCAAAUCCUUCAGCGAUUUUGGAUUCCCAACCUCAAUUUGAUCAAAGGUGCUCUUGAAGUUAAGUUGACAGCAGUUGCUUCGAUAAAGUUGCUUUGUGAGUCUGCGGUCCUGUUGGAUGCUGCAGCAGCCCAGUUAUGGGGUAAAUUACUUGACAGUAUUGUCACACUAUUGUCCAGAAUGAAUCAAGAUGGAUCACAACAAGAGCAUAAUGAUGGUACUGAUGCAGUGGAUACUCAGAAGACAUCAAGUUAUUCUGUUUCAUUUGUACGACUUCAAUAUGCUGGGAAGAGUGAAGAUGACCUUUUGAAAGAAGUAAAUGAUCCAAAACAGUUUGUGGUCACAUCCUUAGCCACAAUUUCUGCCCAGUUUCCUGGGAGGUUUGGUCCUGUCAUUGAGCAGCAUGUGGACCUAGCAAACAAAAGUGUGCUUCUUCAACUUUGUGCAGCCUACAAUGCCAACAUUGUCUAGGCUAUUUAACCGAGGGAGCUAUUUAACUUCACUGGAAGGUGCAGCCCCGUCCCCGUAUAUGAACAAGGACAUUCCGGUCACGUUCACCGUUUUACAUGCAUGAGUCUUCGAGCCGUUGGAUGGAACGCACGAAAUCCCCUUGAUCUUUCUACAAGGAAUAAAAUAAAUUUGUUUCUAGCAAACAACGCCACAAGGAUGAGUUUCUCACACACUACUGGCCAUGGUGUUGGUUUAAGUGAAGUUAGGGGGAGGAUGAUAUCCUGUACACAUGGAUCGGAACGCUGGUGCAGAAACAGAAUUCUGGUCUUUAAAAUCGGAUUUAACGGUUCACGCUAUGAGAGGUUUUUUUUUACAAAGUGAACCGUGUUUUUAAAAAAACCGCGUUAGAUCUGAUUUUAGAUGCUAGAAUUCUAGUAUAUUUUAUCAGCACCGGAUAUCAUCGGCAUAGGGCGUUAUUGGGCGACGACCAAGACCAGGGGGCGACAAGAUGAGCUGAAGUCGCUACCUUGCUUUUUACAGACGCGAUAAGUUUGUAUUCUUUUUUUCGUACUUUGCUUUUUUUAUUUUAAAUUUUUAAAUAUCUCAAGCCUUGAUUGAGUUUAUUAGUCCAUCAAUUGUACUCUUGCACAGAUCUAGAUUAUUUUAUGAUUUUAAUUACAU